GUCACCCCUCAGCUCGAUCUUCUCACACAAUUAAGAAACACUCAAUGAGCAAUGAACUGGACCCUGCCAGCCAGCCAGUCUACAAUGAUACAUCGUGCACACCAUUGAACGCCCUAGCCACCCGUAUCGGGCAAAAUGCUAUUGGGAUCCAGAAGUUGAGAUAGGAGCCUUGGUUACAUCCAGAUAUACCUACGGCGGAGUACGCCUCCCUAGUAACAAACGUCAAGCCAGGACAGAACUGCGGCUGCCGUGUCUCUAGUCUUGCCCAGUUGGCCUGUAGGCAUUUCUAACCGGCAACAUUCGAAUUCGCUGUGCACCAGCUACAGCUGCCCAGAUUAAUCCAUGUGCCCUGAUCUAAGCUGUAUGCUCUCGCCUCUGCCCCCGACGGAUUGCUAUGCUUCGAGUGUGGCCAGCUUAGUAAAGAAAAAGGUGAUAUGCAUAUUAUCUAACGAGUAGCAAGAUGCCGCCAAGACCAGGGACGGAGCCAGAGCAACAGUGGCCACCGCGCUCGCCUCACGAAGCCCUCUUAAGCACGCCAGGUGGACGUGAGCGACUUCGUCGGCUAGCCGAACGAGCCUCGCCCUCUCCAUCUCCAUCCAAGCGAGCCUCGCGGCCAAUAGCAAAUUGUGCCAAUUCCCAUAGCGCACGAGGAACAAACGGCGAAGACGAUAGGCUGGAUCUGGACCUGGAUGGUGAUGAAGAUGAAGAAACUCUAGAGUUGAAGUUAGCGGCGAUACAAGCAAAGCUCAAGCUGAAAAAGCUGCAAGCGGCAAAGGCGAAAAGAGUUCAAGAACCUGACACAAAUGCUAUACAGCCCGAGUUGCUGUCGAAACCAGAUGCUGCAUUACCAAGUCGAGCCCAGUCUCGCACUGAUGGCUUAAGGUCUGGCCCAACAAUAAGACCUCAAUCACAAGCAGAUGUUGAAGUUCCAGCUUCUCCUGUAAGAAGGUCACAGACGGCACAAGAGAUGACAUCGCCUAGUAGGGUGCGAUUAGGAAUAGACAAGGGACUCAGAGCAAAAGACGUCUCUCUAAAGCGCGCCCCAAGCGUAAAGAAAACAGUGGACACUGGUCAUAGUUCACACGGAGGCUACCUUCACAGAGCAAACACGCCAGUGCUGAGCGUUGCAAAUCAGCCAAAGGUCCAAGAACGGCCGAAAAGCUUCAGCGAACGACUAGCUGCUGCUCGAACUGACGAGAAAUCCCGACAAGAGCGGCGGGAGAAGAUACAACAGGUGAGGACCAAUGCUUUUCAGCUAGGCAGGGAAGAAUUGGAGGAGCUCAAACGGAACGCUAUGCAACUACCAGAUUUACCAAUCAAAGAGGAAGAAUACAGUAGAGAUGAGGUUAUAGCAGGUGGCGGUUUGAGGCGAAGCAACACCAUGCCAAGCACGCGAGAUCAAUUGUCAGGAGCAGCAAGCGAUCAAGAACCACUAGAAUCAGGGAAACAGAAGGAGACGUAUACAAGAAAGAUAAAGGUCCCACCAGCCGAAGUUCCGGAAGAGGAGGCGUCGGCAUUCGAACCUUAUUCUAGUCUUCACCUUACAAAGCGAAUAAUCCCACACCUGACCCUCACCCGCAACCUUUCUGGCAAGAAGACAUACACAAUCCCAGAUGUCUUAAAACAUGUGAAAGCCCCGGAAUUCCAACUGCCUGAUAUUGAGCAAGACAUAGUCGUGUUUGGUAUACUAGCAUCCAAAUCCGAUCCUAGAGCACAUAAAAGCACGGGCAGUAACCUCAAAGAGAAGAAGGAGCAUGACCCGACCAAAGCGAAAUAUAUGGUCCUGACACUGGUAGAUUUGAAAUGGGAACUCGAACUUUUUCUCUUCAAUACAGGCUUUGAGCGGUACUGGAAAUUGACCCCCGGCACGCUUCUCGCCAUUCUCAACCCCACAAUCAUGCCUCCACCUCCAAACAGGACAGACACAGGUAGAUUUAGUCUCGUAAUCAACAGCGGCGACGACACAAUCCUAGAAGUGGGUACUGCACGAGAUCUCGGUUUCUGCGAGAGCAUCAAGAAAGAUGGUGCGCUUUGUAGCAGCUGGGUGAAUAGCAAACGCACCAAAUUCUGCGAGUUCCACACGAACUUGGCGUUGUCCAAGAAGCUGGCAGCUAGACAAGAUGUUAACGCACACAACACGGGUCUUGGGCCUAAGAAACAUAAUUCAUAUCGUUUAGGAAAAUGGGAGCAACAUGCAAACGACCCAGGCAAGAAGCGACGAGGGAAUUACGACCGCGAGACGCAAAGCGCCUAUUUCCUACACGAACCCAGCUCGGCCAGCUUGAUUGAUAAUGAGAUCUUAGGCGGCGCCCAUAAUGGUGUCGCCAGCACUAUCGAGCGUAGUGAAGCACUACGCCGACGCCUCGCGACAGAGGAAAAGGAGCGUGAUCUUAUGCAGAAACUAGGUGAGGUCGGGAGCGGUGCAGGGAGGGAAUAUAUGAAGACAGGCCCCCUAUCAUAUAAGAAUAAGAGUGCGAAUCGAGUUGGGUCUAGCUUUGCAUCGACGACGACUGCAAGUUCUACCCUCUCGAUAGAAGAGCCAAGCCCCCAGCUCGAUGCGAAGAGCCUUGGCCUCAUAGCAGAUAGGAACAAUAAGAUCCAUCUCAGCCCCGUUAAGCGGAAGCGCGUCGAAAGCGCGCUGUCGAGCCGGAGCUCGAGCUUGCUCGGCUCUACCGCCAACAGUUCGGCAGCCUCUGGCGGGGCCGCAUUAGGUUGGGGAGGUACACUAAAGGAUAAAUUGGCGAAGAUGAAAGAAGGACAGAAAUUACAUGCCACCAAUGGGGCUGCGAGCGAUAAUCCGCAUGGGACGAACGAGGCCGGUCAAGAUAGAAAUCGGUCCCCGGCGCGUAAGAAGACCCGUUUCGUCACCGAGAAAGGGAUUCGCGAGGCUGGGCGCGAGAGCCUAGGUACCGAGUUAACUAGUGGCGGAGUAAGCCAAGGACGUGGCAUGGUGUUCUUGGAUGACGAUGAUGACGAUGAUGAGUUACUCAUUCUCAAGUAGAUAGAUGGAUAAGCAUGUAUGAACAUAGAAAUUUUGGUCCGCUCUAUACGGAUGGACAUAGGAUAAGAUAGAUACAUUAAGAGGUGAAGAUUAGGUUAUCUUCCAAUGUCUCAAUUUUGUUCAUGAGUCUCCUUUCUUGCCUUCGUUAUCUAUGUCAGUGGGGAAGGGAGUGAUAUAAAAAUACAUCAUUUACAU